GGCUUGCAUUUCCGAACGUGUACAUUUUUCGAAAACGGCGAUGUGCGAAUUGAUAAAAAUGAUGAAUUCCGUUGUCUUUCGGCUUUUUAUGGCCAUUUUGUUUGUGCUAUUGAUUAUAAACCCUAUUGUAAAUGGUCCUGUUUUGUCUGAGGCAGAGAAAACUGAGAUUAGUAAAGAUUGUUUUUUAAGAGGUGAGCAAUGUUUUUUUUUUGCUUAUUUGUGAAAUUGGGUGAUAAGCUUUGCAAUUAUUUUCCUUUACAGUUGGGCCAAGAAACAUCUCUUGUGUGUUUACUGACGAUCCGAUUCUUUAUAUGGUGAAAACCUACAUAGUGCUUGUGGAGGAUUUCUACAACCUCAGAAUUUUUCUAGUGAAAAUGCUCAGUAAAUUCCUAGAAUAUGCUUGUCAAUUUUACUGGAACACGAUAAAAUAUCUCAAGUCUUUACUGAUUAUCCAAAUGCUUUGGGUGUUUUAUGACAUUGCGAGGGUUUUAUUUGGUUCUUACUACGUUUACAGUACUUUUAUUCGACCAAGGUUAUUUUCCGUUCAGCUCAUUGAAAGGCAUCUAGACACAUUGGAAGACUUAGAAUCGAGUUUCUCUCUCUCUGAUUGCAGUCCUUCUAUUCGCUUCAUCUUUCCAGGAUCAAUAUCAACGCACAGCAUAAGUGAAUCUUUUGAUGCGUGGAGCAGAAUUGAAAGACCUCUUAUGUCUUCGACGAUUGAAAUAGAACAUUGCUCAAACGAUGAGCUUAAUAUGAAACAAGACCACGACUCAUCACAAUCUCAGAAUUUAUCACUUGGACAGUGUUCUGAUACUUGCCUUUCUUCUGGAAUCAGGAGAAUGGCGAAUGACAAAAUUACAUACAACUGUGAAGAUAGUUUGACAAGACUUUCUAGAAGUAUGCCAUCUUUGCAUAUUUCUGACAAUUCGAAAGGCAUGUCUUUGUUGUAUAAUUCUAUAAGCUGCUCCAGUAUUGCUUUGCCUACUCGUUCCAGUUUUGCAUUGGCUGGACCUCCUUAUACAUCCAGUUCGGACAGCGACAGUUAUAAGUCAGUGUCCUCAUUCAAAAGAAGUUCAAGCGCCUCCUCUAUAACCUCCGUGUGCAGCGACAUUACUGAUAUUGGCGAUCAAGCGACUUUCGUAUACGAUCAGUUAGCCGAAGUAGAAAAUCUCACCGAAGAAAUUGAUCAAGAAAUUGAUCCAUCUGAACCUAUCAUUUCUCAGAAAAGUGAGAAAUCUGACUCGACAGUUGUCUAUUCACUAUACAAGUAUCCUGUUCAUGGAUCGAUAACAUCCUCAGAUCCUCAGCAACCGUUAUUACAGCGUUGUCAACGUGAGUAUGUGUUUUUUCAAAGACCGACGUAUUACAGAGACGAGCCAGUCAGUGAUUGGCUAGCUAAACGUUUUCAUCCGAGUCCACCACCUUCAAAAAUCAAGUGUCAACAUUGCGUUAGAAUACGUAGACGGAAGGUAAAGCAGCUUCCUUGGAAGAAACGUAUUAUUGAGAAUAGACCCACUUUCAUGAACGAUAGCUUGUUUCUAAUCAACCGAUCGAGGACUGACGUCAUUUUAGAUGGUAUCCCGGAUGGCGUGGUGGAAAAUACCCCCUGUAAGCCCUGGGGAUCUAUGAUAGAACUUCAUCAUCCAUCAAAUUCCCACGUGUCAAGGAUUCAUUCCUCUCUGCCUAAUAUCACGAAAGAAUUUGUUUUUAAGAAUCACGUGGAUUUCAACGCGCGGAAUUUUGAGGAUUUUACAGCCCCUAAAGAUAGGCGCGAGUUUGACGUCAUUGAACGAUAUUGGUUGAGCAAGAGUGAGAUAGAGGAGCAAAAUGAGAAAAUGGAACAAGUCUUGAGAGCUAACGAAGUGAGGAGACAAGAAUCGAUUCAUCGGAUGCGUAGAUUUCUUCCUUCGUCAGAUGAGCUAAUUGAGGAGAUGCCUCUCCCAAUAAAGUUACCACCAACUCGUUUUCAAGAACUAAGACGGCAAGUUAAAAAUGAAAUUUUUGUUCCUAUUCUUUUUCAUGUCGGCAAAGAUUUAUUGUUAAGUGUAGCCUUUGACAUUUUUACAAAGGCUGUAGGGUGACUUUGUGAUUUUCCGAAAUAUUUGUAUAAAGUAGUUUGAUAAAAAUUUAUAAUUAUGUUUUAGAAUAAAUUAAUUAAUUUAUCAAUAAUAAA